GUUCGCAAAGUGUACACUUCAUCAGCUGUUCUCACCGCUACACCAGCAAGUUACGACAGGAUCAUUUAACUUUAAUUAAAGUGCAUUUUUUGAAGAAAAAGCGCCAGUGAGUAUUUGAUUUUUUUUUUCGCCCAAAACAAAACGGAACCUUUUAGUGUAUCUUAUUUCCACACGGAACCCUGUCCGAACCGGACCGUAAAUACGCCGUCGUAGCUUGUUUCGGGAGAGCAGAGAGAGAGGGGUAAAAAAAAAGACGAGUUCCUAUUAGAAAAUGUCACAGUUUGAAUGAACCCCGGCGGUGGUUCGAGUGUUCGUGGACGCAGAGCCGUGAAGAGUUCCGGUCCCGGGGUGAUGGAGGCGUGCGGCCGGAGUGGACUCAGCGGGGUGCUGUGCUCCCUGUCCCUGCUCUGUGUCAUCCUGGACAUCCAGCUGGACGGUGUCUUGGGGGCGACUCAUGUGGAGAUCGAGCACCACUUGGAGAUGGGCCGCAAACUCUUGGCAGCCGGUCAGCUGGCUGAAGCCUUGUCCCACUACCACUCCGCUGUGGAGGGAGACUCUAAGAAUUACCUGACCUACUACAAGCGGGCUGCGGUGUUCUUGGCCAUGGGAAAAUCCAAAUCUGCUCUUCCAGAUCUGACAAGAGCCAUCCAACUCAAGCCUGAUUUCCUGGCUGCCCGCCUGCAGAGAGGGAACAUCCUGUUGAAGCAGGGCAACACGGAGGAGGCCCGCCAGGACUUCGUAGCAGUGCUGCAGCGUUCUCCGGAUCACGAAGAGGCUCGAGAUCAGCUGAUGAAAGUGAACGAGCUGGAGGCGUGGCAGGAGGACGCUCACGCCACGUACCACCAAGGCGACUACGGCACUGCCAUCGCCGUUUUGGAGAAAGUUAUCGAGAUCUCCCCCUGGGACCCCGAGUCGCGGGAGCUGCGUGCAGAAUGCUACAUCCGAAUGGGAGACCCGCAGAAGGCCAUCCAGGACCUCACUCCAGCCGCCAGGCUGCGCAACGACAACCGCGCCGCCUUCCUGAAGCUCAGCACGCUGCACUACAGCCUCGGGGAGCACCACGAGUCGCUCAAUCAAAUCAGGGAGUGCCUGAAGCUGGACCAGGACGACAAGGAGUGCUUCAGUCACUACAAGCAGGUGAAAAAGCUCAGCAAGCAGCUGGACUCAGCGGAGGAGUACAUCCAGGAGGGGAGGCAUCAGGAAGCGAUUGAGAAGUAUGAGUCAGUCAUGAAGACUGAGCCGGAUGUUGUUUACUAUACUAACCUGGCGAAGGAGAGGAUCUGCUUCUGUCUCGUCAAGCAAAAGUUGCCUGCUGAAGCGAUAGAUCAGUGUUCGGAGGCCCACCAGAGGGACCCCCGCAACGCCAACAUCCUCCGAGACCGGGCCGAGGCCUACAUCCUGAACCAGGAGUACGAGAAAGCUGUGGAGGACUACCAGGAAGCCAGAGAGUUCGACAGCGACAGCAACGAGAUCAGAGAGGGGCUGGAGCGAGCGCAGAAGCUGCUGAAAAUCUCCCGGAAGAGGGACUACUACAAGAUCCUGGGUGUCAGCAGGAACGCCAACAAGCAGGAGAUCAUCAAGGCGUACAGGAAGCUGGCGCAGCAGUGGCACCCGGACAACUUCCAGUCCGAGUCGGACAAAAAAGAAGCCGAGAAGAAGUUCAUCGACAUCGCGUCGGCGAAGGAGGUGCUCACAGACCCAGAGAUGCGGCAGAAGUUCGACGCCGGCGAGGACCCGCUGGACCCGGAGGCGCAGCAGGGCGGCGGCGGCGGCGGAGCUCACCACGGCUGGCCUUUUCACUUCAACCCGUUCGAGUCCGGCGGCAGCUUCCACUUCAAAUUCGAGUACAACUAAAGAGAGGAGGACAAACAUCCGGUGCCAUUUUUAUUUUUGUGUCUUUUUUUUUUUUCUGCUUUGGAUUUGACCUGAGUGAAGAAACUGGAGGAAAACAUCGUAGAUUUGUUGAAUACGUCUUCCUCAAAACUUGGAUCGGCUACUCUCUUGACUCCUGAAUUUAAAACAAAAAAAAGAUUUCUUAUGAAACUCUGGACCUGACUGUGGGUGAAGAAGUGUCGGCACAUCGUGGUGAAGAUGGCGGCUGGAAACCGCCGUCGGGGAUGUUUGAAACUCAUUUCUUUUUCAUUUUCAUUUCUUUUUGUGCCAUUUGUACUUUUCCUGAGAGGUUUUUUUUUUUUAAUGCUCUGGACGUCACUCGGGAAGCAUGUCUGCCGCUUUUCUUCCAGCGUUCUGAAGGUUUACUGACCUCAGCCUGUGUCAAAACGUCUCUACACUCCAGGAUUUUUUUUAUUUUAAUAUUUUACAGAUCCGUAUUAAGUCUCCAUGUUUAUGGUGACACCAUCAUAUAAAUCCUGUGUGUUCCUGUGGAUCUUAAGUCUCUGUCGGCGCUCUGUGACGGUUUUGAUAUCGCUUUAAAUUCGCAUCGGUUCCAACCAGACGCCUCAUGUAAACACGGACGGCGCUCCGCAGCGGCUGGAUGAAGUCCUGCCCUCACUCCCGCCUGAGCCAGUCGGGACGACUUCACUCAAAUAAGCCGCUGAUCUCGACCCACGAUCCGGAAUUGACCACCAAACUAAAACUGCAAACAUUAUCGAUGUUACCAAAUCCAAGGAAGAUCUGAAAAUCAUCAACAGCAAAACAUGAAUUGUUUUUUGUUUUUUUUUACAUUUCAGAGCACGUUUUUGAAAACUCCUCAGCAUUUCCUCUCCACUCCUGAAACGGUUCUGCGGGCUUUUUUUUUUUUUAAAGCCUCUCUGAGACUCUUUACAAACCGAGCGUGUCUUCAGCGGCUAUCCGAGAACCUCAUUUAUAAAUAGGUCUCGCAGGAACGUGCGCACAUCGAAAGCCGAGCUCGGCGAGCGCGAGCCGAAUACUUGGAUAAUAUUUAUCCAAAGAGCCGCACCGAGACGCAGAUCGAACCGUUAAGUUAAAACAUUUGUAAAUGAGGUUCUGAUUACGCAGAUGUGUGAGACACUUCAGGUUAUUUUGAAGAUUUAACUUAAGUUAUUUUGCCAUGAAUAACUGCUUGUAAUGCUCGAAUGUGUGAACCAAAAUGUGAGCAGCUCUUUGUAUUUAACUCCGGGUGGGACGGGUCGGUUUAGAUUUUGUUUUGCCAAACUGAAAUGUAUUAAAAUGUUCAAACAGA